CUUCUGGGACGAGUCGACGCAGUGCGUAUUGCACUAAAUGGCAAAGCGUAAGUGUAAUUGAGGUGGAAGCAAAUAGUCGUUGAGUUGUUUUGUAGGUGUCCGUGAAAGUAUUGAAGGGGUUCGCGUUUAAUUAGUUGAACAUUAAUUUACCCAAAGCCAAGCACUGACGGUUGACCUUGUUUUGCACAAAAACGGACCAAUUUCAAUCAAAAAGCUCUCGUGAGUCCUGUUGGGGCGUAGCUAAUCUGUCGCUUUAGUGACAUUAGUGGUGAAUAUUUUCGGCUGUGCCCGCCUGAUCGUUUACCUGUCUUGCCUGUGAUUACCGUUUACCGGUAAAUCGUUGGACUAUCGGCAAAACACACCAAACGAUUGGUUAAUUUUGCAAAAAUGACGGAUAGCAGUACGGCGGAUGAGUUGCCGCCGCAAACAAACGGCAUUGUGGACAACGGUUUACUGGACGAUGAAGAAAGGGCUCGAAUGCGUCCAGCAGACAUCGACGCGGACGUCCGAGAAAUGGAACGAAGGAAAAGAGUCGAAUUAAUCAUGAAUAGCAAGUUAUUUCGCGAGGAACUAGAAAGAAUCAUUGAGACCCAAUUAAAAGACGGUUCAGGCACAUCGGGCCUAUUACAGCAAAUCUCGGACAUGGUUGGAGUGAAUAAGCAGGCGGGGAAUGUGUUUAAAAGUUCAAGCUGUGUGAUACCGAUUAAUGAUAUUCGAGGUAUUGAGUCAAUGGGCUAUGCCAAAGGCGAGAAAAUUCUGAGAUGCAAACUAGCUGCGGUCUUCAGACUGAUUGAUCUGUAUGGAUGGACGCAAAGCCCUAAUACUCUUAUCACAGCCAGAUUGAACCAGGAGAAUGAACAGUUUCUGGUCAAUCCUUAUGGGAUGCUUUUCCACGAAAUGACCGCAUCCAGCCUCAUAAAAGUUGAUAUGCAAGGGGCUGUUUUGGAGCAAGGAACGACCAAUUUUUCCGUUAAUGUAACUGCGUUUUCAUUGCACGCGGCCGUUCAUGCGGCCCGUCCAGAUCUUCGCUGCAUCAUUCACGUUCACACUCCAUCGGUGGUGGCUGUUUCUGCAUUGAAACUUGGUCUAAUUCCUCUGAGUCAAGAAAGUGUUGUAAUUGGUGAAGUCAGCACAUAUUCCUAUCUGGGAGGAUUAUUAGAUGCUGAUGAAAAGGAUAAGCUGGCAAGAAAUUUGGGACCCAUUAACAAAGUGCUUUUGUUGUCUAACCAAGGUGCUCUCUGCUGUGGCGAAACGAUAGAAGAAGCAUUCUUCAACGCCAGAAACAUUAUCCUAGCUUCCGAGUCGCAGCUCAAACUUCUUCCAUUAGGCGUAGACAAUUUAAAUUUACUUAACGACGAAGCUCGAAAGAAGAUUUACGAUGCCGCCCACAAAGCACCCGAAAGCAGCCCCCGACCCGACCAACCAUCCAUUCUGGAAGGCAAAGUGGAGAGAAAAUGGAGAGUGGGAGGUAUUGAAUUUGAAGCUCUGAUGAGGAUGAUGGACAAUGCAGGAUUUCGCACAGGAUACAUUUACCGUCAUCCUCUUAUCAAAGGUGAACCUCCCAGACCUAGAAAUGAUGUUGAAGUUCCACCAGCCGUCUCUUCGCUUGGUUAUUUAUUGGAAGAAGAAGAGUUAUACAGACAAGGUUUGUGGAAAAAGCUGGAAGGAGGCAGAAAAGGACACGAUCGAAGCCGUUGGCUAAAUUCCCCGAACGUCUACCAGAAGGUGGAAAUAUUAGAAACAGGAACUCCGGACCCCAAGAAAAUCACUAAGUGGGUUGCGGAAGGAUCUCCCAGUCAUUCCAGUACCCCGGUUAGAAUUGACGAUGUUUUACAAUUCGUACCGAAGGGCACGAAUCCUAAAGAGUUUAAGCAGAGGCAGCAGCAGAUUAAAGACUAUAGACGUGCCGACAAGAUUUCCGCAGGCCCUCAAUCCCAUAUUCUUGAAGGGGUUACAUGGGAAGAAGCUCGCAAAAUGCAAGACGCUGCUAUAACACAAACAGGAGAUCACGUCGUCUUGAUGGGAGCCGCCUCUAAGGGCAUUAUUCAAAGAGGACAUCAACACAACGCUACGGUCUAUAAGAGCCCAUAUGCUAAAAAUCCGUUUGACUGUAUUACAGAUGAGGAAUUGGAUGAUUAUAAAAAGGUUGUCGAGAAGAAGGCUAAGGGUGAUU